AGCCAGAUUUCUUUGGGACAGCCGUUGUUGGUUGCCACUCUUUUCUGGCGAGGUGUUUAUCAGAAACGCAGAGCUGCAGAGUCCCUGAUGAGUGUUUCUCCUUUUCCCUUGCAGCUGACCUCUGCGUCUGAGAUGGGCAUGGUGUAAGCUCCCCUGAAGAGAGAAUGGCAUCGAGUCCUGUGGUUCCCGCGGAGGAUGAACACGUUUCCUCGGGCAUCGACGACCUCCAUGUCUCCCUGCAAGCUGAGCAGGAAGACACGCAGAAGAAAACCUUCACAUGCUGGAUAAAUUCACAGUUGGCCAAGCACACCCCUCCCUCAGUCAUAUCAGACUUAUUCACAGACAUUAGAAAGGGCCACGUCCUCCUCGACCUGUUAGAAGUACUCUCAGGACAGCAGUUGCCUCGAGAUAAAGGAUCUAAUACAUUCCAGUGUAGAAUCAAUAUAGAACAUGCCCUGACAUUCCUCAAAAAUCGAUCGAUCAAGCUAAUAAAUAUUCAUGUUACUGAUAUUGUAGAAGGAAACCGAUCCAUUAUUCUUGGCCUGAUUUGGACCAUUAUACUGCACUUUCAUAUUGAGGAGCUCACCCAGACUCUUUCUUGCAAUUACAAUCAACCUUCCGUGGAUGACGUGAGCGCGGUGGAUUCGUCUUCUGCCUCAAGUCCGCCAGCUAAGAAAUGCUCCACAGCCCAAGCACGGUGGCAGCUGUCCGCAAAGAAAGCCCUGCUUGUGUGGGUUCAGGAGCGUUGUGCCAUGCAUGAGUCUGUCAGUGUGACAGACUUCAAGUCGAGCUGGAGAAAUGGGGUGGCUUUUUUGGCUGUCAUUCAUGCCUUGCGACCAGACCUCAUUGACAUGAAGAGUGCGAAGCAGAAAUCCAACAAGGACAACCUGAAAGAGGCCUUCGGAAUUGCAGAACGAGAACUGAAAAUCCCCAGGUUGCUGGAACCGGAAGAUGUAGACGUUGUUAAUCCUGAUGAAAAGUCAAUCAUGACGUAUGUGGCACAGUUUCUGCAGUAUUCCAAGAACAAACCUGCCUUUGGAAGCAGAGCUCAGGGCAAGGUGGAAGAUGCAAUGGCCUGGCUCACCCUGCAAGAGAAGAAACUACAGCAGGUGCAAAAGGACACAGAAAAUGAGACCUACUUUAAUAAAUAUCAUAGCCUGCUCUCCUUUACGGAGUCAUUCAAUGAAGAAGCAAAAUCCUUCAUGGACAUCCUGUCCCUAAAAGGGAGCGUGCAGGAGCCGGAUGAGGAUCAGAGACAGCUGAGAGAAGGCUGGAGCCGUCUCCACCACCAGAUUAACGCUUGGAAAACAAAGCUGGACGAUGCCUUGCCCCCGCCCCUGUGUGAUAUCGCAGCCUGCUUGCAGGAGGUAGAGGAACUGGGGGAGAAAGUCUUGCCAGGCUCCCCGGAUUCCUCUGGCCCCGAGACUCUGACCCAGGAGAAAAUGACUCUAUAUAAGAAUCUGCUGGAUAGAUUUGACUCUCACUCGAACAGUCUCCUGGCCUUUGAAAAUAAAGAUAAGGAACAUUUGCCAUUGGUACCACCUGACAAAUUGGAGGAAAUGAGAAGACGACUCAACAUCAUUUUGGAGAAAAAAUUUAUUCUACUUCUAGAAUUUCAUUACUAUAAGUGCUCAAUUCUUGGUUUGCUAGAUGAAGCAAAAUCAAAAUUGGAUGUCUGGAACAUCAAAUACGGGAACAAAGAGUCUGUGGAAUUAUUGCUGGAAGACUGGCGUAAAUUUAUCGAAGAAAAAGAGUUCCUAACUCAACUUGAUACUUCUUUUCAAAGAUGUGGAGAAAUUUAUAAGAAUUUAGCUGGCAAACGUGAAACUAUUAAUGAACAAUACAUGAUUAUGGAGGAGAAUAUUGGUAUGUACAAAAAAAAAAUAGAGAACAUGAAGUCAACUCUGCAGAAAGUUCUGGCGUGUUGGGCUACGUAUGCGGAAAAACUUCGCUCUCUAAAGGCUUAUUUUGAGGUCACAAAGAAGGAACAAGUUUCAGAGAUUUCCUUUGAGACACUGUCACAGUGGAAUGCAGACCACACUACUUUAAAUGAAGCGGGGCAUUUCUUAAUUGAAGUCAGCAAUGAUGAAGUGAGAUCAUCUAUUUCUAAAGAACUGAGAAGACUGAAUAAAAGAUGGAGAAAGUUUAUCACAAAAACUCCACUUGAAAUGAAACUACCACUUACAAAAAAAGAGGAUCAGCCCAUUCCUGAAGAUUCUGGAAAUAUUCCACUAUCUAAAGAAGACAAACCAACUGUUGAUAUUUCAAUGGCUACAUCAGUAGGAGUUCCUGAAAAUCACAAUCAGAAUUUAAAGGCCGUGGAAGAACAUAAAAGGGAAAAUGAAGAAUCCCCAGGACAACUGAAAGUGGCUGAAGAGGUUGAAAAACUCGCUGGACAAGUGGAAGUCUGGGAGGCAGAAACCAAAUCUGUUCUGGAUCUUCUGAGACAUCAGGGUGCUGCGGACAGCUCCGUGGAAGAGUCUUUGCAGCGUCUCAGUGCCAAGGGCUCUAUGCUUGAAGAACUUCUGGCCAGAACUAAAGAUGCUUUACAAAUGGAUAUUCAAAACGUUUCAGGCCCAGAGUCUCUCCAGCAUGUCCUCGUCGUUGGCCUUCAAGCGAAGAUUCAAGAAGCUAAUGAGAAAAUCCAGAACACCAUGGUAAAACUUGUUGCAGCAUUGAAGAGCUCCACUGAUGCGGUGCCGGAGUCCGACCUCAAGCGGAAGGUGCAAGAGUCACAGAGGGAGCUUGAGUUGUGCAUGAGGAGAGCUGAACAGUUACUCAGACAGAGAGAGAGCCACGGUGAGCUCGUCUCGAAGUACAAGGAAGCACUAAAAAUUUCUAAUGCAAAUAGUCUGGUCAGGUAUUUGAAAGCCAUCAAAGAACUGAAGCCCAAUGUCCCCGAGGAUGCAAAGCUGUCUCUGGAAGAGAAGAGUAGAGAUGCCUGUGCCAAGUGGGAGUCUCUUCAUCGUGAAAUUUCUUUGUAUAUUCAACAACUAAAAAUAGACAUCGAAAGAGGAAAACUUAAUGACAUUAUUUCAAAACUUGAAAAGCAAAUAAAUAAAGAAAAGAAACUUAUUCGUAGAGGAAAGAGCAAAGGUCUCAUCAGAGAACAUGAGGCUUGUUUUGCUAAGGACGGCGUCCUGAGCGAGGUUGACCACCGCAUCGGUGUCCUGAGGGUGCUGUGUGAAGAGCUGGCUUCGCAGGAGAAGCAGCGGGAAGUGAAGAGAGCUCUCAGAGAUUAUGAGCAGAAGAUAGCACGACUGCUGAAGAAUGCUUCUGAGAUUCUCACAGCCCUGCAGGCCCCUGAGGGAGGUUCAUCGAAAGUCCAGGGGACCAUGACCACAACCGAGAAUGGCGGAAAGGAUUCCCACAGUGAGGCACUACUUGCAAAAUCAGAUAAUCAGCCGUCAGCUGAAAAGGCCAUGGAACCCAUUAAGAAUUUCAGCCCGGCCUCAGAGUUAAAGCCCCAGCGAGAAGAAAGCAUUAUGGGAAAGGAUGGAAAGGAAGAUAGUGCACCUAUAAAUAAGUUACAAGAGAGGUAUGAUACACACAAAGAGAUUCUUGAACGACAUCUACAGAACAACAAAUUCAGGAUUACUUCUGACUUCUCUAACGAAAAGGAAUGGAGGACUGCUUGUCUGAAGGAUAAGCUGAAAGACCUGCAGCUCUUAAAAAAUGAAACUGAUGCUUGCUGGAAAGAGUUUGAAGUCAUCUCACUGAAGCUAGAAAGUCUUGUGGGUGACACGGAGAAGCCUGUUAUAGUUAAGGCAAGAGAUACAUUAAAGGGAAAAGAAAGCGACUUUCAAGUGCCUCUUAAGGCCAGAAUCGAAUCCCUAGAGCUGGCACUGCAAGUUGUGUUGCCUGUGGAGGAGGAGUCGCUGCCCCUGUGUGCCUCGGACCUGGCUCACAGGGAGGUGGCCGUCCAGGAACUUCAUCUUGUGGACGCUGAUGGCGUUUACCAAAACCUGAGGAAUAUCCAGGAUUCCAUUGCAAAACAGAUAACAAUAUGUGGCGACUUAGAAGAGCCAGGCAAUUCUGUAUUAAAGGGAUUACACCCGGUUGACGUAGGCGCCACAAAAAACAUUCUGCUGGCGUGCAGAACUCAGCUUGAGCGAGCGAGCCGUAAGGUGCAGAUGAGUAAGGCUGUCCUGGCUGCCCUGGAGGAGCUGCUGUCCUCUCUAGCAGCGGUGAAGCUUCCCGAGGACCUUGUCACGGAGCUGUCAGCCUCAGAUGCACCGGGGGCACCGGGAAGUACUUCAACGGGAAGGGAUAUGGAGGGAGAAAUUCGGCUGAUGAAAGCCAAGGCCAGACAGCUGGAUGAGCGCUUGCAGACGCUUGGCAUAACCGUUAAAGACGGCGAGCAAGGCAGAGAUUCCACUUGUGAAAAGCUUGUAGAUGCCGUGUGCACAAAGUUAUCCGACACACGGGGCCUUGGUGUGCAGCAGGAACUGGCUGAGGAGAACCAACUGUUAGAGGCCUGUAGCUCCAAAAAUAAUGAGCUCUUUAAAAAUCUUCAGGAUGUGCAGAAGCAGAUGGGUGAGAUUGGCCUGAAGGAUCCCACUGUUCCGGCUGUAAAGCAUCGGAAAAAAUCCUUAAUCAGACUGGAGAAGGAUCUAGAUGGAUACGAAGCAGAGAAAAAACACUUACAAGAAAUGGCCAGUUCUCUUCCACAGUUCAAAGAUGGCAGAGAAAAAAUUGUGAAUGAACAGUGCCAGAAUACCGUGCUCUUGUGGGAUAGCACAAAAAUGGCUGUCACCGAGUGCCUUGACCAGUGUGGAAGAGUUCUGGAGCUCUUGAAGCAGUAUCAGAAUUUUAAAAGUGUCCUGACAGCUUUGAUUCAAAAGGAGGAGACCGUCAUCUCCCAGCAGGCUUCGUACAUGGGCAAGGAGAACCUGAGGAAGCGGAUGGCAGAGAUUGAAAUUGUCAAAGAAGAAUUCAACGAACAUUUAGAAGUGGUAGAUAAGAUAAACCAGAUCUGUAAAAAUCUACAAUUUCAUCUAAAUAAAAUGAAAACUUUUGAAGAGCCCCCUUUUGAAAAAGAGGCUAAUGUUAUUGUGGAUAGAUGGCUUGAUAUAAAUGAAAAGACAGAAGAAUACUAUGAAAAUCUCGGUCGAGCUCUGGCUUUGUGGGACAAACUUUUUAACUUAAAAAAUUUCAUUGAUGAAUGGACGGAAGAGACCCUUCAGAAACUGGGCUCACACCCACUGACGGAAGCGGACAGACAACAGCUGAAGGAAGAGUUGCAAACGCAUGAACAACAAACAUCAGAAUUUUCUAGAAGAGUGGCUGAAAUUCAGUUUCUGCUUCAAAGUAGUGAAAAGCCACUUGAACUACAGGUCAUGGAGUCGUCGGUUUGGAAUAAGAUGGAACACGUGAAGAAGCGUGUAACCGGAGAAGCCAACAGCUGUGCGCUCGGCGGGAGCCAGGCUGAGCUGAGGGAGGAUCUGGAUCAAGCCAAGACCCAGAUCGGGGUGACCGAGUCCCUCCUGAAAGCGCUGUCCCCUUCGGACAGCUUGGAGAUCUUCACCAAGCUCGAGGAGAUACAACAGCAAAUUCUGCAGCAGAAGCACAGCAUGAUAAUACUUGAAAAUCAAAUAGGUUGUCUCACUCCUGAACUUGCUGAAUUGAAAAAGCAGUAUGAAAGCGUUAGUGAUUUAUUUAACACCAAAAAGAGUGUUUUGCAAGAUCACUUUUCGACAUUAUUGAAUGAUCAAUGCAAGAGCUUUAAUGACUGGUUCGGCAAUGUUGAAAUGAACCUAAAGGAGUGUUUUGAAUCAGCAGAAACAAAAAAGGGUGUGCAGCAAAAGCUACAGAAACUUUCUGAGUUCCUGAAUCUUGAAGGAAGAAGCGGGAAAAUACAGCAGGUGGAGACGGCGCUGCAGCACGUGAAGAAGCACCUGCCCAAAGUGCACGUGAGGGAACUCGGCAGCUGGCUCGGGAGGCGGGCGUCUGAGUUGGAGACGCUGGAGUCCGCGUGCCAGGCCCGAGCGCAGGAGCUGGGUCAGCGCCUGCAGCAGCUGCGGAGCCUGGAGGAUGACUGCAGGAACCUGAGCGAGUGGUUGAUUAAUCAGGAAGAGAGAUGGAAAGAAACAGAAGAAUCAGCAGAGAAGGCUGAGCUGUUUUGCCAAGCUCUAGCUAGAAAGAGGGAACAGUUUGAAUCCGUGGCCCACUUGUGCAGCUUUUUGAAGGAACAUGGACUUACUGAGGAAGAAGAGAUAAUAAUGGAAUCAACACAUUUGCUGGAUAGAUACCAGACAUUGCUGACACACUUGAGUGGACUCGAGGAAGAGCAGAAGUUGCCCUCUGCGGAGGGCCAGAGCUUUGACGACCUUGCACACGAUGUGAUUCAUUGGAUAAAGGAGACUAAAGAGUCGCUUAUGGCUCUGAACUCAUCUGAAGGCAAAAUGCCACUUGAGGAAAGAAUCCAAAAAAUAAAGGAAAUCAUUUUACUCAAGCCCGAAGGGGACGCCAGAAUACAGGCUAUCGUGAGACAGGCCCAGGGCUGCGAGGCCGCGGCAGGGCAGGGUCAGGAGAUGGUGGCCGACAUCCGCGGGCAGUGGGACAGCACGCUGCACUUGGCCCGCACGUACCUGAGCCAUCAAGAAAAGCUUCUGCAAGAAGGAGAAAAGUACUUGCAGAGUAAAGAGGACCUGAGAUUAAUGCUCAUAGAGCUGAGGAAGAAGCAGGAAGCCGGCUUCGCCUUGCAACAUGGCCUGCAGGAAAAGAAAGCCCAGUUAAAAAUUUAUAAGAAAUUCCUCCAGAAAGCCCAAGAUUUGACGUCCUUGCUAAAGGAGUUAAAGUCUCAGGGAAACUACCUGUUGGAAUGCACCAAAAAUCCCAGCUUUAGUGAAGAGCCCUGGCUGGAAAUCAAACAUCUUCAUGAAAGUCUUCUUCAGCAACUCCAGGAUUCUGUGCAGACGUUGGAGGGUCAUGUUCAAGAACACCACUCCUACCAGCUUUGCGUCACAGACUUGAAUACCGCGCUGGACGGUUUCUCUAAGGACGUCGCCAGUUUUUCUGAUACAUCUAUGGAUCAGGCAGCCAUUGAGGACAGAUUGCAGAAACUGCAGGAACUAGAGAGUAGACUCAGUUUACAAGACGGCACCUUAAAGAAGAUUUUAGCGUUAGCAAAAUCCAUCAAGCCAAACACAUCUUCAGUGGGACAGAAGAUUAUUAAAGAUGAUAUAAAAUCACUUAAGCACAAACAAAAAGAUUUGGAAAACAGGAUUGCUCUUGCAAAGCAGGAGACUGAAAACUGCCUCAACAGCCUUCUCAAAUCAAAAUGUUCAGCGGAAAAGCAAGAGAAGUCCGCUUCGCCACAUGGAGAGCCUCGGGCCACUUCUGAUGUGCUGGGGCCCACUCAGGACUCCGCCGCAGAGGAGAAGUUGCAGGGGGACUGGGACAUAAACAAGAAUUCAGCUGUGGAAACGGUUUUGUCAAAACAACUUUCUCUCAGUGUUCAAGAAAGCAUGAAAAGCACUGACGAUGAGCAGAAAGUCAAUGAGCUGCAAAAUCAACCUUUAGAGUUAGAUGCUGUGUUAAGAAGUGAACAAUUAAAAGCAAUAGAGGAAUUAUAUACCCAGUUGGAAGCAAGGAAGGAAGCCAUGGAACCACUGGCACAGUCCGAACAGCUCCACAACGCAGAAACGAGCGCCGUGGGUCUCCGCGAGACAGGGCGGUCCUCUCGCCGCCUGGACAGUCUGCUUCAGGCGCUGUCUGCUUUGAAGAAAAACAAAGAAAGCCAGUACCGUCUCCUGCAAGAUUUCCAGGAACGCCUCGCUGCACUCGAGUCCUCCCUGAGUGACUCACGGGCGGAGAAGGGAAGUCUCAGAGUGGGACCCCUGGAAAGUGAAACCUAUCUGGAGAAAAUUAACAAGUUCCUGGAAUCAAUAGAAAAAGAAAAAGGUUCUCUAAUUGAACUGAAGGUCCAGUGGGAUAAGUUGUCGAACCACGUGGCUGACAUGGAUAAGCAGCUGUUGCAGAGUCAGAUGGAGCAGCUGGAGCGCGGUUGGGAACACCUGGAACAGCUGGUUCAGAAGAAGUAUUCUCAGCACAUCGUGGAGCAGGAGGAAUUCACUUCCCUCAGGAGUAAGAUCCGUGACAUUGAGAGUUCUCUGCAGCAGCAGCAGCAGCGGCUACUGUUGGGGCUGAACUCGCCAGAAGAGCAGGGCGGGAGCCAAAGCCUCGUUGCCCCGGCUGCUGAGCUCCAGGCCGCCAAGCAUGGAUUUGCUGUCAUCAGGAGUCGAGCUGAAGUCCAGAUGAAGAGGAUUUGGGGAGAGAAAGAAAGGAAGGUUUUGGAAGAUGCAAUACAUGAUUUGAAGAAGCAGUGGGAAGCCGUGGAGCCAUUGAACCUAGAGGUGGAAAGUCAGAUUCAGAAGUCUAGCAUAAAAAUUGAGAUGAAAGAGACCCUCUUGUGGGUCAGGAGUCUGUUGGGUGAACUCGAGCUUCCGGUUGCCCUUCUCCCCGAUGACAUCCUUGCACAGAUCAGAAAAUGCAAGGGGAGGCAGGCCGACAUUCUGGACAAGCAGCAGGCUGUAGAGUCACUGGCUGAGGAGGUGAAAGCUGUCGGUCCCAGCCUCACCGCCUCUGAGAGAGACAAUGUAAAUAGCACCCUGGAGGACUUACAGAGCCAGUACCAAAUGCUGGUUUUCCAAUCAACUCAGAGGUCACAGCAAUUAGAGUUGAAGUUGGAAGAAAGAAGCAAAUUAUUUGAAAUGAUGGGGGAGGCUCAGCUGACACUUCAAAGGCAGGAAGCACUGAUAAUUCCCAACGCGGAAGCGGCCCCCACAGAAGCGGAACUGGACUGUCACCAUGCCACUCUGAAGGCGUCCCAGAAGGCCCUGCAGGACGUUGAGAGCCUGAUCGCAGCACAUCUUCGGGAACUCACAGACAUCUCUGAGGGUCUCAAUGUGUUUGAGAGAUUGUUUUUGCAUAAUCAUUUGAGCAAUCUGAAGACUAGAGUCAACACAAUUCAAAGAUGCAUUCAGAAUAAAUGUAGUGAAGUGCAACACAAGAUAAGUUCUUACAGAGAACUCCGUGAAAGAAAAUCCAUGCUGCAGGAGGAGGUUGCACGUGGACAGCACAGUGAGCCACUGCUGGACCCAGAAGUCGGUCAGGACAUUAAAGAAGAAUUUCAGCAUCUUAAAGACAGACUUGCUGGUAUUCGAGGUAGCAUCUUAGGAGUCCUGAAACUUAGAGAAGUGUUUGAUGAUACAGGACUCACCUGGGAUGGCUCGCAGCUUGAGCAGUUGCAAACCCAAGUGCUUGAAAAAGAGAAAGAACUUGAAGAAAAAAUCAAGCAGUUGGACAUACUUGUGGCAGAACAUGGCAAGUAUCAAGCAGCACUAAGUCAAGUGAAGGCUGUAGAUUUGCAAAUUAAGAAAAAGGCUGAACUAGUACUAAACUCUCCUGCUCCUUCACCAGAAAGCAGUCUCCUCAGUGCUCAGAUUUUGGCUGAGAAAACUGAGAAGGCCAAGUGCUUGUAUAAUGACAUAAUUAAACAAGUAAGUGAAAAUAAGGCCUUUGAUGAUUCAUUCAAGGAGAAAGAAAUUGCACAACUAAAGCUGGCUGCAGGAGAAAAUGAUAGGUUGAACAGGGAUCUCCAAAACAUGGCGCUUGAAUUCCAGCCAAAGGAAGUAGAUGAAAAGCAUUUUCACGACAAACUGGAAAAUUCUCUACAUGUUUUAAAUGGGAUAAAAUCUCAACUAGAGAAGCCUUUGCUUAUAAAUUUGGACAUUAAUCAUAUUCAGAACGAGAAGGCUAAUUGGGAAGCACUUCAAGAUCAAGUUCAUGCCGAAAUGUACAGCAUUAAAGCUGUGACUCUGGCUGAGAAGCAGAGAGAAGAAAACUCUCCUGAAACUGGUGACAUGGAGACAAAGCUGCGUGACAUUGAAGAUCUCCAAAUGGAGCUUAGCAGAAGCAUUGACUUCCGCACAAAUGUCUUGAAUAGCGCCUGUGAAAAUCUCACACGCUAUAGUGAAGCCAUCAGUGGGGCUGUAGGAAUCCUCGCUUCCCUCGAAGCCAUCUUUGUGUCCCGCAGAGUGGACCUGCAUGACCCAGAGGAAUCACUAGCCAGGUUGUGUCGGAAGCAAGAGGAAUUGGAAUCCACAGUAACAGUCAUCGAGGACCUCACUAGAAAACUGGGAUCUGUGUCCAGUCCGGAGGCCAAAAUGCAGCUUCAGCACACUUUGCAGGACCUCGUUUCUAAGAGCUUGACCUGGAAAGAGGCAGCCCAAGCAGAGGAAGCAGAGAUAGCCAGGUGUCUUGAGGAUUACAAAUGCUACAGAACCGCUAGAGAAGAAAUCCGUGCUCGCCUGCAGAAAGGAGAGAGGGCGCUCAGGUUGGCCAUGUUCCCGCUGCCCGUGUCUUACAAAGAAGCUUUGGGGCGCUUGGAGCAGAGCAAGGCCCUGGAGUGUGAUCUCCUGGCAGCCAAAGAGGAGCUGGCGGAGCUGCGCCGCGUCGCCGGGCGCCUGGGCCGCAGGAGCGCGGACAGCGAUGGCGUGUGUGUGCGCCGGGCCGCGGCUGCGCUGUGGGCGCGCUGGCUGCGCGCGCUGGGAGCUGCCAGGGAGUGGGCCACGUGGAGUGAAGACUUGAAGCAGGAGUGGAAGUUCGUCAGCGAGGAAAUUGAACGAGAAGCGAUUAUUCUAGAAAAUCUUCAAGAGGAAUUCCCAGAAGUUCCUAAAACGAAAGAGGCUGCCAGCACAGAGGCGCUGUCUGAGGCGCUGGCCUCUCUGUGCCAGUAUGAGGAGAGUGUGGAGAAGCAGCAGCUCUUGCUGACUCUACUGGCGCAGCGCACGAAAGGCAUCCGGGAUGUUCCAGAAGGUUCUGACGCCACAGGAACUGUGCCGGCACUUGAGGAGAUCGCGUCCAUGCAAGAACGGUGUAGCAAGCUUCUUCAGAAAGCUCAAAACAGUGAGGAACUGAUACAGACUGAAAUCCAGGAAAGACUUGCCUUCGCGAAAGAAAUCAUUGCUUUGAAGAAUUUAUUUCAACAGAGCACCGCUUCUUUCCAAAACAUGGGCUCCGAGGGCGUCCCAGAGAGGGCGGAGCAGUUGGAGGAGCUGCAAAGCUUUGUUGAGAAAGGGAAGCUAACUUUUGGAAAUAUUAUGGAAAAGCUGCGCAUCAAGUAUUCCGAGAUGUACACCAUAGUCCCUGCUGAGCUUGAGUCCCAGCUGGAGGGUUGCAGGAAGGCGCUGGAGGACGUAGAUGAGAAGAUAAGCGGUGAAGGCUUGAAGAGCUCGCCAUCCUGUGUGAUGGGCCGGAAAAUAGAGGAAAUCAACAGCGGGCUUCAGCAGGUUGAAAAAAUGUUGCAGCAGAAAAGCAAAAGCAUUGAGAAAGCCCAAGAAAUUCAAAAGAAAAUGUGGGAUGAGUUAGAUCUCUGGCAUUCCAAGCUAAAUGAGCUGGAUUCUGAAGUUCAGGACAUCGUUGAGCAGGACCCAGGACAGGCUCAGGAAUGGAUGGACAACCUGAUGAUUCCUUUCCAGAAGUGUCAGCAAGUGUCACAGAGAGCCGAAUCCAGAACCUCCCAGUUAAACAAGGCCACGGUGAAGAUGGAGGAGUACAGUGACCUCCUGAAGAGCACUGAGGCCUGGAUAGAAAAUACCCGUCGUUUGCUGGCCAGUCCUGCUCACUGUGACUCAUCUAGGACCCUGAGUCAGCACGCCAGCGCCCUGCAGAUGGCUCUGGAAGAUUCUGAGCAGAAGCACAAUCUUUUACAUUCAGUUUUCACGGAUCUAGAAGAUUUGUCAAUCAUUUUUGAAACGGACAAUUUAAUACAGUCCAUACAAGAAUUAAGUAGUCAAGUGGCAGCUUUACAGCAACAAAUAAUGGAAAGCCUUCCACAUAUCCAGCGAGUAGCUGAUGAUGUGGUUGCUAUUGAAUCUGAAGUAAAAUCAAUGGAGAAAAAAGUUUCAAAAAUUAAAACUAUCCUGCUAUCAAAAGAAAUAUUUGACUUUUCACCUGAAGAACAUCUUAAACAUGGGGAGGUCAUACUCGAGAAUCUCCGUCCCAUGAAGAAGACCAUUGCUGAGAUAGUGUCUUACCGAGUGGAGCUGAGGCUGCCGCAGCCGGAGAUGAACCCACUGCCCGUGUUUCAGAGGACAAGUCAGCUUUUACAGGACGUAAAGCUCUUGGAAAGUGUGACUCAGGAACAAAAUGAGUUACUAAAGAUUGUCAUAAAACAGACUAGUGAAUGUGAUGAAGAAACAGAAAAUCUGAAGCAGAUCAUAAGUGAUUAUUCAGCUGAGUUCUCCCUUGAACACACGUCACCGGACCAGGCCACCGACCUGCCGGCAGUACAGGAAGAAAUCGAAGCUAUGGAAAAGCAGAUUCUGAGUUUAAACCAGAAAAAGGAAGACCUGUUAGUGGGCUUGAAGGCGGCCAUCCUAACCCUCCACGAGCACUUGAAGCAAGAACAGCAGGAAGCGGAAGGAGCCGGGCUGUCUGCUGCCGCCUCGGAGGGUAGAGCGGCUGAGAGAGAUGCUCUGGAGUGGAAGCGGGACAGAACCGGCUCCAUGUCCUUCCUGCCGGCUGUCAAGGAGGAGGCCGAGGAAAGCUCCGUGAAAAGUGAAGAUGGACACGAAGAAGCCAGGCUGUCUUCAGAGUCUCAGUCUUUACUCUGGAAGCAGGACAAGGACCUGGAGGGAGAUCAGGCAGCCUCGCCCUCUGCCACUGUCAUCCAGGAGGCAGUGAUGAAAAUCAGCACGUGUGACUCUUUCAUGACACAGACUCUUGCACCAGACUCACCAGACACGGAGCAAGGCCCAGAACUCUCCCCAGGGCUCAACCAGACAGAAAAGGCUGCCACACCUCCGCCCGAGGCUGACGCUCUGGACUUUGCUGACGAGCAGGGACCUUUGGGACCCACGGAGGAGCAAGCGGGGCCGCCGGCUGCAGAAGUCCUCCAUGUCUGCCAGACUCAGGUGGCCGAGCUGGAGCUGUGGCUGCAACAAGCCAGCGUGGCAUUUGAGCCGGAAACGUUAAACGCAGACAUGCAGCAGGUGGUGGAGCAGGAGCUGGUUGGGUGCCAGGCUAUGCUGACAGAGAUUGAGCGCAAAGUUGCCUGUCUGCUAGAGACUUGCAAAGAUCAGGGCCUGGGAGACGGUGGAACGACUCAGCAUGAAGCUGAAGUUCUUUCCCUGAAACUCAGAACUGUGAAGUGCAAUUUGGAAAAAGUCCAGAUGAUGCUUCAGGAGAAGUACAGCGAGGACCAGCUUCCUACCAUUCUGAAGAAGCCUUCAGAACAUCAAAAAGUUCUCCAGCCAGUUUACCUUUCAGAACUGGAAUCUAUUAUAACUGAAAGGCCACAGUUUAGCAGACUAAAGGAUGUCCCACAGCAACAGGUUCUGGAGUUAAAGCCGAUGGAACAGAAAGAUUUAAUCAAAUUCAUAGAAUGUAAUGCUAAGAAAACAUGGCCACAGUAUUGCCAACAGGAUAAAGAUACUGCUCAGGAAUCAUCUACAAGCAAAGCAUCUGACUCUGACAGUGAAGCCCCAGACUCCGUCCUUGCAUCACCGGGCCAGGGAGGAGAUAAAUGGCAAUAUCUCCGCCAUGAACUGGCGUCGAGAACGCAGCUGCCUCUGCCUCAGGUUGUGGAGCCCCAGGUUGCCGCAAGUAUAAGUACUCUCCCCAGUGUGAGUGUGUGUAACUUCAAAUACCCUACAACUGAAGAGCUGAAAACUUACACGACCCAGCUUGAAGACCUGCGCCAGGAAGCUAAUGACCUUCAGACACAGGAAAAUGUGACAGAAGAGCAAUAUGUCAGUUUGGACAAGAAGUUAUUUGACUUCUGCCUGACGCUCAGCCAGAGCCUCGGCAGCGUGGAGGAGCUGCUGCAGACGCCAGGGCUGCUGCGGGAGGACGCGCCCGGCCAGCAGGCGCACUGCGAGGAGCUGGCUCUUGAGCUGAAGAAACUGUAUUUAGCGCUGGGUGACAAGAAGGAUGACCUUUUGAAAGCCGUGACUUGGCCUGGCACGGGCGCCAGUUUGCUCCUUGACUGUUUCAAUGGCCUCCAAGUCUGCCUGGAGCGUGCGCAGGUGAAGGCUGCCUGGAGAAGCAAGUCGCUGAAAGCUGGCCUCGACUACACCCACAGCUAUCAGAAUGAAAUAAAACGAUUAUAUGAUCACCUGGUGAAGAGUAAGACAGCUCUUCAGCAGUCUUUGAAUGAGAUCAGUGGCCAGAGUAUUGGAGACCAGCUCCAGAAAGCAGAGGCGUAUACAGCAGAGCUACAGAACUCUGAGAACCGAGUGGCCAAACUAAGAGACGAAGGGGAGAGGCUUGGCUUACCCUCCACAGUCCUGCAGGAGGUGCACAAGUUAGAGGAUGUGCUGGACGGCAUGUGGGGCAUCCUCAGAGCUAGGUACUCGGAACUCAGCAGCCCCUUCUCCUCUGAGAGCCAGCUGGACGCCUUGCUGCAGGGCCUGGGGGAGCUGGUCAGUAUCGGAAAGGAGAAGCUUGUGCAGAGCCACUUACAAGCCAAAAGCAAAGCCGCUUUACAGGCCCACCUACAGAACCAUAAGGUGUUUUUCCGGAAGCUUGUUGCGGACAUGCUGUUGAUCCAAACAUACUCUGCCAAGGCGUUUCCUUCUCUGUUAGAAAAGAGAGAGACAUUCUGGGCAGAACAAGUAACAGAAAUUAAGUCACUUGAAGACAAGGCUCAGCAGUGUGGCACGAAGCUGCAGAGUUUGCUGCAGAAAUGGGAAGACUUCGAUGAAAACCAUGCAUCCCUUGAAAAGGACCUGGAAAUUCUCGUCUCUACGUUGCCUUCUGUGAGCUUGGUGGAAGAGACAGAGGAAAGGCUGGUGGAGAGGAUCUCACUGUACCAGCAAAUCAAAAGGAACAUUGAAGGAAAGCAUGCCCGACUGUACCAAACGCUGCGUGAAGGCAGACAGCUGGCGGCGUCCGUGAGCUGUCCGGAGCUAGAGGGCCAGAUCACCCGACUGGAGGAGCAGGGGCUGGCCCUGAACAGGAAGACGGACCACGAGCUCCACAGACUGCACACGCUGCUCAAGCACCUGCUCAGUUACAACAGGGAUUCGGAUGAGUUAACCAAGUGGUUGGAAUCUUCCCAGCAAACUUUGAAUUACUGGAAAGAACAGUCCCUCAAUGUGUCUCAGGACUUGGAUACAAUCAGAAGCAACAUAAAGAAAUUCUUUGAAUUUUCAAAGGAAGUUGACGAGAAGUCCUCCCUAAAGACUGCAGUCCUGAGCACUGGGAACCAACUUCUCCACCUCAAGGAGACAGACACGGCCACACUGCGAGCCGCUUUAGCACAGUUUGAACAAAAAUGGACACUGCUCAUCACUCAGCUUCCGGAUAUUCAAGAAAAGCUUCACCAACUUCAGAUGGAGAAAUUGCCAUCCCGCAAAGCAAUCACAGAAAUGAUCAGCUGGAUGGACGGUGUGGAGCGUCAGAUGGCGGCUGGGGAGUCGGUGCGCUGUCCAGGUUCUGCGCCGCAAGUGAAAGGGCUUCUUCAGAAGCUUAAGGAGUUCAGAAUGGAGAUGGACUACAAACAGUGGAUAGUGGACUUUGUUAACCAGUCGCUGCUUCAGCUAAGCACCUGUGACGUAGAAAGCAAGCGCUAUGAAAGGACGGAGUUCGCAGAGCUCCUGGGCGAGAUGAACCGCCAGUGGCACCGAGUCCACGGGACCCUGAAUCGAAAGAUACAACAUUUAGAGCAACUUUUGGAAAGCAUCACGGAGCAUGAAAACAAAAUACAGAUCUUGAACAGCUGGUUGGAGGCCCAGGAAGAGAGACUGAAUGCUUUACAGAAACCUGCGAGCGUGCUGUCCAUUGAGAAGCUGCUCCUGGACUGUCAGGACAUAGAAAACCAACUCGCAGCUAAAUCCAAAGCCCUGGAUGAGUUGAGACAGAGCCACCUGACUUUGGAGAGCGGGGCCACGCCGUGGUUGGAAGAUCCGGCCUCUGGAGUCGAGGGCUUGGUUCAGAAGAGGAGCCGUGUGGUCGAUCAGGUCGCCCGGCUCAGAGCCUCCAUGCAGUCGGCGCUGGCAGCCCAGCAGUGCUGCGAGCAGCUCUGCGAGGAGGUGCGCGGGACGGUGAUCCGGUUCAGGUACUGCGCGGAGCACAGCGAGCCUGAGGCUCCAUCCCUGGAGGCCCUGGCGCGCCAGGUGCAGACCCUGCAGUGUCUUCAAGAUGAAGCUGAGAGCAGUGAGGGGAGCUGGGAGAAGCUGCAGGAGGUAAUCGGCAAACUCAGAGAGUCCUGCCCCUCGGUGGCCGAGAUAAUCGAAGAGAAACGCCAGCACACUCACGCAAGGUGGACCCAGGUAAACCAAGACCUUGCAGAUGAGCUGCAGAAGGCCCGGGGCCUGCUCCAGCUCUGGAAGGCUUGUCACGGUGCUCACACAGAAGCUGCAGCCAGGCUGCAGCAGCAGGAAGCCAAGUUCCAGCAGCUUGCAAAAAUCAACAUGUCUGGAAACAACCUGGUGGAGACCCUGCCACUGGCCCUGCAGGACACACAGGAGCUGCAGCACGAUGUGCAGAAGACAAAAGAAGCCCUGCUCCAAAAUUCCACCCUGCUGGAUCGGCUCCCACAACCCGCAGAGUCCAGUGUCCCUGAGCUCCUGUCUGGACAGCAGCACGCCCUCCAGAGAGCUGCUUAUUUGGAAAAAAUGCUGCUUAUGAAAGCCAAUGAAUUCGAGUUUGUUCUUUCACAGUUCAAGGAAUUUGGAGAGCAGCUGGAAUCUUUACAGGAUCGUAUUACACAUGAGGAAGAAAAUCUGGACGAACUUUAUCAGCUAGAAAAAGAAGACCCUGACUCAUUCCUGAAUCACGUGCUGGCGCUGACAGCCCAGGCUCCUGCCGUUGAACGUCUGAAUGAGGUCAGCCUCAGGCUCCCGCUCAGUGAUGUGGCGGUGAAGACCCUGCAGCAGCUGAACCGGCGGUGGGUCCGGGCCACAGCCACGGCGCUGGACCGCUGCAGUGAGCUGCAGGGAAUCGGACUCCAUAAAAAGUUUCUUCAUUACUGUGGAAAGUGGGUCCACCUCUUAGAGCGGACAGAAGAGGUGCUUGGAGGGAAUGUUGCCAGCAGCCUUCCAGCUCUCCAGGAGCAGCAGAGAAUGUGCGAGAUGUUAGAAGCUGAAGUUUCUAUACAUCAGACGAUUGCUGAUUCUUACAUCACCCAGUCUUUACAACUCCUGGACACAGCUGAAAUAGAGAAGAGGCCAGAAUUUGUCCCAGAAUUCUCAAAGCUGGUGGACCGGUGGCAGAGUGUGGCCCGGGGCAUUCGGCAGAGGAAACGUGAGGUCACUGGGCUGGUGCGGCAGCGGCAGUCCUUCUCCACCGCCUUGGAGGACCUGCUCCGCUUCCUCAGCGGCACCAGCCUCCUGCUGUCUGCGGUGAAGGGCCAGGACCGCUACAGCCUCCUCCAGACCAGAGCUCUGAUCCACGAGCUGAAGAAUAAAGAAGCCCAUUUUCAGAGACGGCAAACCAGCUAUGCACUGGCCUUGGAAGCCGGGGAGAAGUUACUGAACACCUCUGACCCGGAAACGAAAGAAUCGGUUGACGGGAGAAUCCGUCAGCUUCGGGACGACUGGGAGGACACAAAGCUCCAGCUAGGAGAGACGAUUAAACAGCUCCAGAGCACUGUAGAGACCUGCGACCAGUGUGAAAAGAAAAUCAAGGAUUUGAAAAGCAGGCUGCAAGUUCUAAAAGCACAAAGUAAAAAUCCUCUUCCAGAGCUUCACGAGGACCUCCAUAAGGAAAAAGAGCUGAUUAAGGAACUAGAGAAGUCUUUGGCAAACUGGACUCAGAACUUGAAAGAACUUCACACCAUGAAGGCUGACCUCGCCGUGCAUGUCCUGGCGGAGGACGCGAUGGCUCUGAGGGAGCAGAUCGAGCACUUGCACAGACAAUGGGAGGACCUCUGCCUCAGAGUGGCCGUCCGCAAACAGGAGAUCGAGGACAGACUCAACUCGUGGAGUGUGUUCAAUGAAAAAAAUAAAGAGCUGUGCGCAUGGCUGGUGCAGAUGGAAAACAAGGUUCUGCAGACAGCGGAUAUCAGCAUUGAAGAAAUGAUUGAGAAGUUACAGAAGGACUGCAUGGAAGAAAUAAACUUGUUCAGUGAAAACAAGUUACAGUUAAAGCAAAUGGGUGACCAGUUAAUCAAGGCCAGCGGCACGGCCAGAGCCGCUGAGAUCAGUGACAAGCUCCACAAAAUCAACGAGCGUUGGCAGCAUCUUUUCGAUGUCAUCGGAUCCAGGGUGAAGAAGCUGAAGGAGACGUUUGCUUUCAUCCAGCAGUUAGACGGGAACAUGAGCAGUCUUCGCACCUGGUUGGCAAGAAUCGAGUCGGAGCUGUCUAAGCCGGUUGUCUAUGAAGUCUGUGACGAUCAGGAGAUCCAGAAGAGGCUCGCCGAACAGCAGGAUCUGCAGCGGGACAUCGAGCAGCACAGCGCGGGGGUGGAGUCUGUGUUCAGCAUCUGUGAUGUCCUGCUGCACGACUCGGACGCCUGUGCCAGCGAGACUGAGUGUGACUCGAUCCAGCAGACCACCCGAAGCCUGGACAGGCGCUGGAGGAACAUCUGUGCCAUGUCCAUGGAGCGGCGCAUGAAAAUCGAGGAGACAUGGCGCCUGUGGCAGAAGUUUCUCGAUGAUUAUUCCCGCUUCGAAGACUGGCUCAAGUCUGCCGAGAGGACAGCAGCCUGCCCCAGCUCCUCAGAGGUGCUGUACACGAGCGCCAAGGAAGAGCUGAAGAGGUUUGAGGCCUUCCAGAGGCAGAUCCACGAGCGCCUCACCCAGCUGGAGCUCAUCAACAAGCAGUACCGGCGCCUGGCGCGCGAGAACCGCACGGACGCAGCCAGCAAGCUCAAGCAGAUGGUGCACGAGGGCAACCAGCGCUGGGACACCCUCCAGAGACGGGCCACGGCGGUGCUGCGGAGGCUCCGGCAUUUCACCAACCAGAGGGAAGAGUUUGAGGGCAGCAGGGAGAGCAUCCUAGUGUGGCUCACGGAGAUGGACCUGCAGCUCACCAACGUGGAGCACUUCUCGGAGAGCGACGCCGAAGACAAGAUGCGCCAGCUGAACGGCUUCCAGCAGGAAAUCACAUUAAACACCAACAAGAUUGACCAGCUCAUCGUGUUUGGGGAGCAGCUGAUUCAGAAGAGCGAGCCUCUGGACGCAGCGCUGAUCGAAGACGAGUUGGAGGAGCUACACCGCUACUGCCAGGAGGUGUUCGGCAGGGUCUCCCGCUUCCACCGGCGCCUCACGGCCCGCGCUCCGGGCUUGGAAGAGGAAAAGGAGGCGUCUGAGAAUGAAGCAGACAUGGAAGACCCCAGAGAGAUCCAGACCGACGCCUGGCGGAAAAGGGGAGAGGGCGAGGAGCCCACGACCCCGCAGUCCCUCUGUCAUCUUGUGCCACCGACCCUGGGCCACGAGCGCUCUGGCUGCGAGACCCCCGUCAGCGUGGACUCCAUCCCGCUGGAGUGGGAUCACACAGGUGACGUGGGCGGCUCGUCCUCUCACGAAGAAGAUGAGGAGGGCCCGUACUACAGCGCAGUGUCAGAUGUAGAAAUCCCUGAAAAUCCUGAGGCAUAUCUUAAAAUGACCACAAAAACUUUGCAAGCGUCUUCUGGCAAGUCCAUGUCCGAAGGCCACUCGUGGCACGUCCCCGACAGCCCUUCCCACGCCAAGCAUCGCUACAAACAAAUGGAGGACCGGAGCGACCCGCCCGUCCCCUCGGAUUCCAGCACCCCGUACAAAGCGCCCUAUGUGAAACUGCUGUUACAUCCAGGAACCGCUGAUGGUGGCAAAGGCGGCGCGAGGGUGUUGAACGGCAGCCCCCAGCAGGAGGAGCAGCAGCUGGCCGCCUUGACCGGACAGCAGUCAGGUGCCUUUGACACGUGGGAGCUGAUCCAAGCACAAGAGCUCCACAGUAAGCUCAGAAUCAAACAGAACGUGCAGCAGCUGAACUCGGUGAUCAGCGACAUCACUGCGUGGCUAGGGAAGACGGAAGCAGAGCUGGAGACGCUGAAGAUGGCAGAGCCUCCCUCUGACAUCCAGGACCUGGAACGCGGAGUGAAGAGACUGCAGGAGACAGUGAAAGCUUUUGACACCUACAAGACUUUAAUGGUCUCUGUCACCGUGAGUGCCAAGGAAUCUCUGCCGAGCGAGAGCGCCGAGUCCGCAGAGCUCCGCCGCAGACUCUGCCAGCUGAGCCUGCGCUGGGAGGCGGCCCAGGGCGAGAUGGACAGCUGGAGGGCACGACUGCGGCGGUCACUGCUGCAGUGCCAGGACUUCCACCAGCGGAGUCAGAGCCUGCUGCUGUGGCUGGCGAGUGCGGAGGACCAGAGGCAGAAGGCGCUGGCCACCGACCCAGAGGCGGACCCCCAGCUUCUCCUGCACUGCCAGAAACAGCUCACGCAACUGGAGAAGGAGCUAGCGGAACGGCAACCCCAAGUGAGCUCCUUGCACGAGCUUUCCACCAGCCUUCUCCUCAAGGGGAACGGAGACUACGUGGAGGCCGAAGAGAAGGUCCAUGUGAUCAAGCAGAAACUCCAGCAGUUACAGGAGCAAGUCGCCCGCGAUUUACUGUCCUUGCAGAGAAGCCAGAACCCAGACCCAGCUCUGCCGGCCUUCGAUGAGGUGGACGCCGGGGACCAGCCGCCUCCGGCAGCCGUGCCAGCUCCCCAAGCCAAGCAGUUCAGAGCAGAGGGGACCGCGGAGGACCAGGAGGAGGACAACGGCGACGGCAGGGUGUCCGGCCCCACCGGCCCCGGCAGCUCGAAGCCAAGGCGCUCCUUCCUCUCGAGGGUGAUCCGGGCCGCGCUGCCCCUGCAGCUGCUCCUGCUGCUCCUGCUGCUCCUGGCCUGCCUGUUGCCCACCUCCGAAGAGGACUACAGCUGCACCCAGGCCAACAACUUCGCCCGCUCCUUCUACCCCAUGCUGAGCUACACCAACGGGCCGCCGCCCACCUAGGGGGCUCGGCGGGGGCACAGCGCCACAGCACCAGCCCGGCUGCCACCGUGGCCCAGCUCAAGGCCCCUGACUGAGCUGUCAGAGACUCCUGUUGGCAAGGCUGGGGCCUGUUGCAGGCACCUGCCUCUGGGAUUGCCCAGGCCAGGGAAUCUGGCGGCAGCUGCCCCGGGCAUGCUGGCAAAGCUAGUUGACAGAGCAGACUCCGGAAAGGGCAGUUUCCUGAAGAGCCACGCACUUUGUGAAUCCUGACUUAUUUGUAAAACAGCAUUUUAACAUAGAUAACAGAGCCCAUGAACAGUGGCGCUCACCCCAUUAUGUGUAUUAGAGACACAAACAGAUUCUGCCUUAAACAUGGUUCAGAAGCUCAUCUCCACCCUGAGCUCUCACGGGUGGACACAAUCAUUUUAAAUGGGUAGCAGCAGUUCUCCUCCAGUCAGCUGGCCAGUUGGAGGUCCUGCUUACGAGCCAGGAUGUCCUGUUCUGUACCCAGGCUUGCUCUUUUAUAUUGCUCUAAAUUUUUUAAGAAAUUUUAUUGCAUGGAUGUGGUUACUUGUGCAUAUUUUUUAACAAUGCUGAAUCUGUAUAAAUGAUGUAAACUUUGAUUUUUUAAAAAAAGAAAUCUGAUUUUAGCUCAAGCUUUUGACUAAUGUACAGUAAAUGCCAAACUACAGACUUGAUAGGGAUGGUUUUGUAAGUUAAUUUUGUAAGACUUUUCAGAGACACUUCGGGGUGGUUGAGCUGUUUGGCCACGCGGGGGGUUGGUAUAAAAGCUCGAAGCUGUUUGUGGUAUGUACAACCCAAACGUUUCUCAUUAAAACACAAAAUUAGCCAGAGCA